AUGGCAAAGUUGAUUGAAGUCCACGACGUCUCCUGCAAGAAAGACAAGAAGAAUACCAUUUUCUCUCGAUUGGACUUCGAUGUCAACGAGAGAGAUGUCAUUGUCUUACAGGGCAAGAGUGGUGCAGGGAAAACCACGCUUUUAAAAUGCAUUGCCCAUCUGAACGUUUACGAUGGGGAGAUCUUAUACAAAGGACGGACAGCAAAGGCACAUGGCGUGUCUGCGUUUAGAACACGGGUAUUCUAUGUACCCCAAAGACCUGCUUUGCUGCCAGGCACGCCACGCGAUUUUAUGGCAACGGUCACAUCCUUCCAGUCCCGUAAAUCGACCUCGGAAUCUGAUCUCGCCAACGCUAUGGACAUCUCCAAGGGAUGGGGCGUUGAUCACGAGCUAUGGGACAGGAAUUGGACUAGUUUGAGUGGUGGCGAAGCACAAAGGAUAGCCUUGGCGGCUGCAAUGGGGCUGAACACAGCUGAAGUCCUUCUACUCGACGAACCAACUUCAGCUCUCGAUCAUCACUCGACUGAGCUUGUGGAACAGUACAUCUUGAACGCCCUCAGGUCCCCGCAAAACGGAUUGAAAGCAAUAGUCUGGAUCACCCAUUCCGAGGAGCAAGCAAGAAGGGUAGGAACUAGAUUUCUUCGGAUCUCAGCAUCUGGUUGUGAGGAAGAGCCACGUAUGCCUGAACCAUAG